ACCUGUUUAAGGAUUGGAAACAAUAGUAUGACUUAUGGGGAUACCAGCACCGAGAGAUAAUCUGGAAAUAUAUUAUGCUGCUUGGCCGCCGCACUGUUCAUCAGUUGUCGAUGAGUCCGUUCAGAUGAGGGGCGUUAUAAUAGCGAUCGCAGCACUCGUCAUCUGGGUAUUCUGCCUUCAGGUCACUGCUGAAUAUUUGGAAGAUUACUGCGGCUUUGCUGGCGGCAUCAGCCUAAAAGUUUCAGGUGGCCAGGACGCGAUAAUAAAUUCAAACCCAUGGAUGGCCUUUAUUCACUCCUCCACUGAACUAAUAUGUGGAGGAACCCUCAUCACCCGCCGUUUUGUCCUCACUGCAGCGCACUGUGUUAAUGAAGGAAUGGCAGUAAAGGUUCGCCUUGGAGAGUACGAUGAAACUACCACAGUGGACUGCGUUAAUGGAGACUGCAUACCGGUAGCCGAGGAGUUCAAUGUAGACAUGGGCAUCCGGCACGGAAAGUUUUCUGAGGAGGGAAACCAGCACGACAUCGCUCUCCUUCGCCUUGAUCGAGCAGUCACGUAUAAAAGACACAUUAAGCCCAUCUGCAUCAUCCUGGACACCUCGGAUAAGACCGCAUUUGAGAGACUUGAGUGGUUUGUGGCCAUGGGCUGGGGCGAGACCAAAUCGAACCGAAAGAAGGGGCCACUCAAGACCGUGAUUCUCCAGCGUUUCAAUAACGAGCGCUGCUGGGAAUCUUUCACCAGGCUGGUGCACGAGAACCAAUUCUGUGCCGGCAGCCGAGAAGGCGAUACCUGCAACGGUGACUCCGGCGGACCGCUCAUCCGGCACGUGACCCACAUGGGCAUGCUCAAAGCCGCCCAGUUCGGAGUGGUCAGCUAUGGGAGCAGGGAUUGCACUGGCAUCGGGGUCUACACGUCCGUGAUGGACUACGCCGAUUGGAUCGCCACCGUGGUGAGGAUGAACACCGAUACGGCGGCACCAAGAAUGCCGAGAACUUACUGCAAUGAGUUCAGUAGCCAGGAAUCCGUUGAAAUGAUGACUUUAUCGGCAUGGCUUGUCAUCGUCGUCUGCCUGAUCCUCCAGCAGCAGGAGGUGAUCGGUCCCUACUUCCUGUACCCGAACUGCGGGUUGUCCUAUGAGUCCAAUGUGUCUUCUAGAAUAGUUCGCGGAACGGAAGCGAGAAUUAAGUCAGCUCCUUUUAUGGCGUAUUUGGUCUUAAACUCCAGCCUCCAUUGUGGCGGAACGAUCAUUAGCCAAAGAUACAUCCUUACGGCCGCCCACUGCAUGGUUCCCCAACUAAAGGUUCGCCUGGGAGAGCACGAUAGUACCACGAAUCCCGACUGUCAGCGCGGGAUUUGCAAUCCUCCUGCUGAGGAGUUCGACAUCCAGGCGGCAACCAAACACCGAGCCUUCGGUGCAGCGUUAACCCACGACAUAGCUCUGCUUAAACUGACCAGAAACAUCGUGUUCAAUGUUCACAUCCAACCCAUCUGCCUGCUCCUCAAUCCGGCGGCCACUCCCAUUGCGACCGAGCUGCAGGCCUUUGGGUGGGGCAGAACCGCCACCCAGCACUCCUCCACCGUGCUCCAGACCACGAGGCUAGCCUGGUACGCCAAUAGCUACUGCCAAAAGAGGCUUCCGCUGCUCCCAGUCACCCAGAAUCAGAUUUGCGUGGGGCUCCUGGGUUCGGACACCUGCAAGGGCGACUCCGGGGGUCCGUUGGUGGUCAAGGUGAACUACGACGGACAUGCCCGAAACUUGCAACUGGGCAUUGUGAGUUACGGCGAGGAUUAUUGCCAAAAACCGCCAGUUGCAAUGAGUUCAGUAACUGAGAAAUCGUCUCUCGAAAUGCUAACUUUAUCGGCGGGGAUUGUUAUUGGCGUCUGUCUGAUCCUCCAACAGCAGAAGACGGAGGCAGCCCACUUCCUGAACCCCAUCUGCGGGGUAUCCUAUGAGUCCUUUUUGGGGACCAGGAUCACGAACGGAAAAGAAGCAGUUCUUAGAUCGGCACCGUUUAUGGCGUACUUAACUCACAACAACAAGUUUCAUGGCGGUGGAUCGAUCAUCAGCUCAAGAUACAUUCUAACGGCCGCCCACUGCCUUCUGACAAAUCUGAAGGUGCGCCUAGGAGAACACGAUAUCACAACGAUUCGGGACUGUCAGGGAACUAUUUGCAAUCCAGCAUCAGAGGAAUACGACAUUAUAGCUGCAUUCAGGCAUCGGCACUUCAAUAACAUAACCUUGGCACACGACAUAGGUUUACUCAAACUACACAGAAGCAUCAAUUUUAAUGAACACAUCCAGCCUAUAUGCCUGCUUCUUAAUCCGGCAAGUGCGAGUUAUGUGCGUGAGUUCCAGGCCUUCGGCUGGGGAUUAACCGCAUUUAACCAACAUGCCACAGUGCUCCAGACCACGGUGCUCACCCGAUAUGACAGCAACUACUGCCGAAGGGCCCUGCUAGCGCCAGUAACGGAUAACCAAAUUUGCGCAGGGUUUGACGAUACGGACACCUGUGAGGGUGACUCCGGCGGACCGCUGGUGACCAAACUGGACAUCGACGGAGUCAACCGCUACGUGCAGCUGGGCAUCGUGAGCUUCGGCCCAACGAAGUGCAGGAGUCCAGCCAUCUACACGUAUGUGCCGAAUUACAUUCGGUGGAUCCAGCAGACGAUGCGGGCACAUGAUUCAAUCCAUUAAAUUGAAUGUGGCAAAAAAAUCUUAAAAUUGGUAAUAAAUAUAUAAACAAAAAUAAACUGUUUAAUGCAGCCAUUUUUUCAAAUCUGAAGUAAUAAUAUUACAAUAUGUCAAAUAAUGUAUUAAUUUGUAUCUUUUAUUUAAUUGUGCUGAUCUUAUUUGGCACAUCAAGCUUUUGAAAUAGGAGGUCUGGUUUUUGUGUUGACGUUAAGACGAACAAUCUUUGCACAGAUCCCUUGUAAAAUUCUACUGUGUUGUUUAAAGAAUAAAGAAUAUGUCAAUGUGUGUACUGUA